UAUAAUGUGUAUAACUUCAAUUAAAUUAAUUUCAGUACUAAGAAUGUAGUUGUUAUGGAUAAAAUACAGAUUUUGACACAAUGUGAAGACGAUUCGUGCUGUUGCUUAUCUGAGAGAAGCACUGCAGCGCUUAUAUCCAUCAUUUGUUUGAUGUCAUGCAUCCUAGACUUGGUGUUUAGUGACAAAACAUUGGAACCAUGCUGUGAGAUGAAAGAUCACUUGGAUUCGCUGAAAUAUGUCUUGCUUACAUUAUUUAAAAUUGCAAACAUAUUGCUUCUAUUAGGUGCCAUUUUUGAGAGUUCGUUAUUACUGCAGAUCUAUUUAUGGUACUUACUCGGCUAUAUCAUCGUCAGCUUUGUGGUCGUUAUCAUAGAUUUGUGUCUCCGUAUCGAGAACGAAGGGCGCUGGACCUUUGUGACAUUUGUACCAGAUGUCGUAUUUCUAUUUGUAAUAUUCCGAUGCCUUCCACUUGUGGACUACUACAAGAAACACCUUGAAGAACUUCAAGCUAUAUAA